AGACGCAUGUGUUGGCCGUAGCAGCUUCUCAUCCUUACCUCCUUCCUGUAGCGACUCUCUCUCUCGCUCUCUCUCUCUCUCGCCAGAGCUCGACCCUGUAAGAAUUGGUCAUUCCGGUUUACGCCUGUUCGAAAAAGCUCCGAUUUUUGCGAUACGAUUGCGGAACCAGAUUGGCCACACCCAAGAACCAGAGGCCCAGAACCGGGUUUUCGUCAAUCGAUGCUACAGCCUAGUUACUCAUGUUAGCGUGAGCUGAUUUUGAUUGAUUAUCCUGAACUAGGGUGGAGAUUCACGCAAUUGUACUGAAGAUCAGAUUACACUGGGGAAAGGGAAAAGGUUCCUGUUAAGAGUGGGCAAGAUGUCGAUAGACCCCCAUACUCAGGAGGAUGCUGCGCAUGUCUCUAUUGGUGUAAACAAAUCUCCCUCAGGAAGCCAGAAAUCAAUACUUGCUGGUGCAGCUGACUUGGAAGGAGCCCGGUCCAGUGGUUUUGAGUGCAAUAUUUGCCUAGACUCUGUGCAAGAUCCUGUGGUCACACUAUGCGGCCAUCUGUAUUGCUGGCCUUGCAUCUACAAAUGGCUUAAAGUUCAGGAUACUUCUGCUAAAGAGCUAGAAGAGCAGCAACAGCAUCAAUGUCCUGUGUGCAAAGCUGAGGUUUCCUACACAAGUCUAAUUCCACUUUACGGCCGUGGCCAAACUAGCCAACUGUCCAAAAGUGAGGAUCGAGAUCUGGGCAAUGUUGUACCCCAUAGACCACUUGGUCUGCUUGGCGGGUCCAGCAUGCCAAGACGGAUUAGUGCUACCUCUAGUCCUCUCCUAACACAACCCCCUUAUGGCGGACAUUUCCCUCUUCAAUCCCAACCCUACUAUUCUCAAGCUCAAUUAUUGCAUCACCCGGUUUCUCCCAUGCUCAGUCUAAGUGGCACAACCACAAACAUCACCUACCCCAUGGUUGGUAUCUUCGGUGAAAUGGUGUAUGCAAGGCUUUUUGGGAACUCGGUCACAAACUUAUACACUUAUCCAAACUCGUACAGUAUGGCCGGAAACAACCCCAGGACGAGGAGGCAUGUAUUGGAGGCAGAUAAGUCGCUCAGCAGAAUCUGUUUCUUCCUCCUAUGUUGUAUCCUGCUCUGUCUGCUUCUAUUCUGAGUUAGAUUUUGCUUUUCUUCACUCUGUUUUUGUUUCAAUGAGAUUGUGAAACAUACACAAGCACAGUCAGGUAUACCAGAUUUUUAGGUGGCCGCUUUUCCUGAGCUGCUAUAUAUGUACAGUUCUAGUUUGGCUUCAUGAAGGCUAACAAAACAUUGUGCCUACGCUGCUUGUAACUUCGGAACUAGGACGAUGUGGAAAUAAAUUUUCUCAUCUUAA